AUGAUUUGCUCUCUUAAUAGGUCGAUAAAGACCCGACUUUAUCGUUCGCUUUGCUUUAGUCGGAGCUUUCAUUCGAAACUACGAGAUACUUCGAAGUUUGUAACUUUGAAACCUGUUAGUAAGCUGAGAUCAAUAUCGUCUCCAGAUUUCAUUUCAUCUCCGAAUUCAAAAUUACAGUCACUUAUAUGGCAUCGCCCUUUACAAAACGUUUUCAUCACGAAAAAGCCGUGGGCCGACAACACCCGUCAGGCAAUGGUAGAUUUCAUAACGCAUCUGCACGAUUCGUAUCCAGAAAUCAAUGUCUUACUACAACCAGAUGUCGCGGAGGAGAUUGCUCAAGACUUUGUGAAGAACCCGCAGUCAAACCCUGGCGAACCGCACGUUUUGUACACCGGUGAGAUCGAGGACAUUGUGGAUAAAGUUGACCUGCUAGUAACAUUAGGAGGGGACGGCACUAUACUAAGAGCUGUGUCACUGUUUGCCAGUAUGCAAGUGCCACCGGUUCUCGCAUUUUCUUUGGGAACACUAGGCUUUCUGUUACCUUUCAACUUCAAACAGCAUAAGGAGGUCUUUGAGCAAGUGCUCAGCUCCAGAGCAAAAUGUUUGCAUCGCACACGUCUUGAGUGCCAUGUCAUUCGUCGUGGUAGUAAGGAAAACUGCAGCAAGAGCGUAGCGCACCACGCAAUGAACGAUAUUUUUCUUCAUCGUGGUAACUCGCCACAUUUGACUAACCUAGACAUAUUUAUUGACGGAGAGUAUUUGACGAGAACCACCGCGGAUGGAGUCACACUAGCCACACCUACAGGAUCGACAGCGUAUUCUCUAUCUGCUGGCGGAAGCAUUGUGUCUCCGUUGGUUCCUGCAAUUCUGCUGACACCCAUAUGCCCCCGGUCCUUGUCCUUCAGGCCUUUAAUACUACCGCACUCAUCGCACAUCAAAAUUAAGAUUGGUUCCAAACCUUUGCAAGGUCCCGAUAACAAGAUUGUAAAACUUUCUAUCGAUGGGGUGCCAUUGGAAGAUUUGAAUGUUGGGGACGAAAUUCACGUUGUCAACGAGAUUGGAACUAUAUACGUAAAUGGAUCACAGUUGCCCAGUACCAAAGACUCUGAAGUCGUCAAACGGCGCGAGGAAAGGAUAAAAAAUGCAGGAAUUUACUGCAUAGCCAAAACUGAGAAUGAUUGGACCCGGGGCAUCAACGAACUGUUGGGUUUCAAUUCUAGCUUCAGGUUCACGUCGCGCAAAGAUUGA